AUGCCUCACCGUGAGGAUGCCUUCGAGAUUGAUGACAAGGACUCUCGAAUCGUCUCAUUUAACGAGAAACAAACAGACUACGAGGUAUUUUCCUAUAAAAGUCUUCGGAACCUGAAGAAAAACGUUAGACUCCUUAAGAUAUUACCGGGAGACCACUCCAACCCCAACGUCUACUGUCAGCUCUUCGAAGCAGAGAUAGGCGACGAUGGCGUCUACAUGCCCUCCAAUGACCCGACCAAAAGCACACCUCGCAAGAUAGAAUAUGAAGCCCUCUCUUGGUGCUGGCCACAAGACGGGAAACAAGACCACCAGAUUCUGCUACAGACCGAGGACCAAGUCCAGCGCAAGCGCGCGUCGGACGAGCUCGUCUGGGCACUCAAGUACCUGCGCUACCCAGAUAAAAGUCGCAACCUGUGGAUUGACGCGAUAUGCAUCGACCAAGACAAUACAUCAGAGCGAAACCACCAAGUCGAAAACAUGGCCAAGAUCUACAGCUUCGCAGAGCGUGUGUGCGUCUGGCUUGGAAAGGCCACCGACUCCAGCAAGCUAGCCAUCAAAUUCAUCAAAGAGGAGAUCAUGCAGCUGCAGAACUUCGAUGAACUGUGUGCGAACGAUAAGAAUGCCGAGAAGUGGCAGUGUCUCCUGACUUUGAUGCAGCGUCGAUGGUUUUCACGGCGGUGGGUGGUCCAGGAGAUUGCUCUGGCGAAGCAGGCCACUGUCUACUGUGGUCCAGACACAAUUCCCUGGAAGGACUUUGCUGUCGCUGUAGAGCUCUUCGUGGAGGUGGAAACGGCGACUCAUCGGUUGUCUGAAGUCAUGCAAAAGGACCCGCGGUUCUAUCACGUCCCUGGAUGGUUCGAGUACGUCUCGGAGCUGGGGGCUAGUCUCCUCGUGCAGGCCACUGGAAAGGUGUUCCGCGAUAGAAAGACGGGCGACAUCUUGAACAACAGGGAGGUUGACAUAUCAUCAAGGCGGCCGUUGCUCAGUCUCGAAUACUUAGUAUCAAGCUUGUCAACAUUCGAUGUGACCGAGCCACGGGAUGUCGUCUAUUCGCUCUUGGCAAUUGCCAAGGACACAACGCCAUAUGCAGCCGAUGAGGGACCGGAGAUCCCUCAUGUCAAGACACAGAAGGCACUUGAGCAUUGGACUGAACGGAAAAGGUAUGUGGUCGACUACCAACGCUCGUACACAGAGGUCUGCAAGGAUUUCAUCAAGUUCUGUAUCACAACAUCCGAACCGUCUCGUGCUGUCGACAUCAUUUGCCGGCCUUGGGCCCCUGAGCCCAAAGCGACUCAGAAUAUACAGACCGGUGUCAGAGAGGAAAUGCCUCCACUGCCGUCAUGGGUGCCACAGCUAACGGGUGCACCAUUUGCAAUGUUUCCGACCUCUGGCAGGACAGGCCCAAACAUGUCAAGGAAAAAUGCCGACACUCUAGUAGGAAUGCCGAUGCUAGGUCAACGUAGUUACAAUGCUGCUCUAACAAGGGGCGUCGACUUAGACGCUUUGUCCUGGAGAGACCGAAUGAACAUGGAGAGCAAUCCACAUUUCAGCAUGUAUAUCAAGGGCUUCGUUUUGGAUGAGAUAUCUGAUAUCGAAAGUGCCUCUCAGAACGGCGCGAUCCCUGAAGAGUGGCUUCAGCUAGCAAACUGGGAAACACCUCGCAAAGCGAACAAGGACGAGCCACCGCCAGAGUUCUGGCGCACUAUAGUUGCCGAUCGUGGACGAGAUGGGCGAAAUCCGCCAGUAUACUAUGCGAAAGCAUGUAAAGAGUCUGUCAUUAAAGGCGGUAUUGGUGGUGGCGCGGUCAACACUGGAGACUUGAUACACAACGAGCGAAACUCCAUCAUUGCCCAAUUCUGCCGCAGAGUACAAGCAGUGAUAUGGAACCGCUCGUUGAUCAAGACGAAGGCUGGCCACCUUGGUAUUGCUAACAAGAAUGCCAAGGUCGGCGAUAAAAUCUGUAUCUUAUAUGGCUGCAGCGUCCCGGUCGUCUUGAGACAAUGCCCUGAACCUAAGACGGAAGAGCAAAUCAAGGAGGAGGCAAGCUAUGAUAGGCUCUAUGCAGUGGAAAAGGCUUUGGUAGCAGGACAGCGUCGAUCAAAAAGGGUAGAAGAGCGGAAGCAACACUACCGUGAAAGAUGCGAAGAGUCGGAGAGGAUGAAAGAGGUAAUUGAAGACAAAGAGAGAAGACAGCGUGGGAGACCAAUGCCGAAACUAAAUCCUAAGGAGAAAGAAAUAUUAGAAUGGAAGGAUGAAGUUCCGCGCCAAACGCGUGAUCUGGAGGAAAGACUUGAAGCAGAGCUGGAUGACAAGAUGAGAAAUGAGCUCGAAGUCUGGUUAAGGAUGCAGUCAAAGAAGGAAUCCCAACCGACGAUGCCUCCGGGAGAGCAAGAUCUGCUUCGGCGCGUUCAAACGCAGCCUCCAGCUGCACAACCCCCUAGUGUGCCUAAUCAGCAAGUCAACGGUACCCGACAGACCGCAGGAAGCGAGCCGAAUGGCGAUGUUCCUCGAAACAGAGACAAUGGGCGGAGCAAGAGGAUUCGUCUCAGUGAAAUGGGCGAGGCGGACCGUCACCAUGCUAUCAAGGAGAGCAAGUGGCGCCUACAGGAGCGUAAGAAAGCGUCCGAGAAACGAAAGGCUACUGUCGAAGAGAUCCUUGACGAUCAUCGAGUUGGAAAAAAGAGAUCGGGUGAAGGGAAGAAGAACGCGCAGCCUAAUCGAGAAGAUGAUAAAUGGUUCUAUACCUUCCUCGGAGAAUGUUAUAUUCACGGAAUGAUGGAUGGCGAAGCAAUGGGCUAUUUUAACAACAAUGGACUUCACUCUAGUGUAUUUGAAAUGCGAUGA